AUGGACCACAGGGAGGUCAUCCUCCUGCUUCUUUUAUUUCUGAAAUCAGGUCAAGGAGUCUCCCUGGAAGACUAUGUAAACACCCAAGGAGCAUCCCUGUUUAGUGUCACCAAGAAGCAGUUUCAAGCAGGAGGCAUAGUCGACUGUGCAGUAAAGUGUGAGGAGGAAACUGAAUUCAUUUGCAGGUCGUUCCAAUAUCACAGUAAAGAGCAACAAUGUGUGAUCAUGGCCGAAAAUAGCAAGUCUUCCUCCGUCAUUAGGAUGAGAGAUGUUGUUUUAUUUGAGAAGAAAAUGUAUCUUUCAGAGUGCAAGAUUGGCAAUGGGAAGAGCUACCGAGGUACCAUGUCCAAGACGAAAAGCGGUGUUACCUGUCAAAAGUGGAGUGCCUCUUUCCCCCACAAAACUAACUUUUACCCUGAGAAAUAUCCCACAGAGGGACUGGAGGAGAACUACUGCAGGAACCCUGACAGCGAUGAGAAUGGCCCCUGGUGCUACACGACCAACCCAGACCAGAGGUUCGACUACUGUGACAUUCCUGAAUGUGAAGAUGAAUGCAUGCAUUGCAGUGGAGAGAAUUAUCAGGGCAAGAUCUCCAAGACCAUGUCUGGACUUGAAUGCCAGGCCUGGGACUCUCAGAGCCCACAUGCUCAUGGAUACAUUCCUUCCAAAUUUCCAAACAAGAACUUGAAGAUGAAUUACUGUCGGAACCCCGAUGGGGAGCCCCGUCCCUGGUGUUUCACUACCGACCCCAAUAGACGCUGGGAGCUCUGUGACAUCCCUCGCUGCCCAACUCCUCCACCCACUUCUGGUCCAACCUACCAGUGCCUGAAGGGAAGAGGUGAAAGCUACCGAGGAAAGGUGUCUGUCACCAAGUCUGGUCACUCCUGUCAGCGCUGGAGUGAGCAGACCCCUCACAAACACAACAGGACACCAGAGAACUUCCCAUGCAAAGAUUUGGAUGAAAACUACUGUCGGAACCCUGAUGGAGAAACAGCUCCCUGGUGCUACACAACUGACAGCAAUGUGAGGUGGGAGCAUUGUAACAUUCCUUCCUGCGAGUCUUCGGCCCACCCCGAUCCUGCAGAUACCUCAG